UAGUGAAUUUUGCACCGGAAGAGAAGAAAAUGAAAAUGAAAAUGGAUAUAAAAUUUACAGCUCAAUCUUCCCUUCCUCACAGCACAGAUGACACAUCCACCAUUCCAUUUCCUUUCCUCUUCCUCUGGGCAAAAACAAACUACCAUUCUUCUCCUUUUCUCUGUCUUCUCACUUUCUCUCCCCUCCCAUAAAAGGAACAAUGAAAGAUUGAGCAGUACAAACAACAGCACAUCCAAUCAUUUCCCUUCUCACACUAUCAUCUCCUCAUUAGCACCCCACAAGCAAAUUCUUUUUCUCCUUCAACACAUUUGCCUUGCGCCGCUCAAAUUUUCAAUUUUUCGCUUUCCAGAAAGCAAUUGGGACAAAUUUCGUUGCUUUUGAGCAUCUGGGUCGGUGGGGGGUCGCCGGAUACACAUGCCGCCGGCUCUGAUGGAUCCGCCUUUGCCGGAAUUGUCGUCGGUGCCGUCUUUAAGCUCCGGCGCCGUUUCUCCGGGAUCGGCGCCGGAGAGUCGGCCAUUUGGGGAUCUUAGAGGUUUGCAGUGGCGAAUAAAUCUUGGGGUGUUGCCAUCUUCUUCUUCUUCUACUUCUUCUUCUUCUUCUUCUUCUUCUUCUUCUUCUUCUUCUUCUUCUUCUUCUUCUUCUUCCAUUGAUGAUCUUCGUCGUGCCACGGCUAAUUCUAGAAGGAGGUAUGCCAGUUUGAGAGGGCGCCUCCUGGUUGAUCCUCAUAUUACAAAGGAUGGAAGUAGUUCACCCAAUCUUGUCAUGGAUAACCCACUUUCACAAAAUCCAGACAGUACAUGGAGUCGCUUUUUUCGCAAUGCAGAGAUGGAGAGGAUGGUUGAUCAGGAUUUAUCGCGUCUAUACCCAGAACAUGGCAACUACUUCCAGACUCCAGGAUGCCAAGGCAUAUUGAGACGAAUUUUAUUACUAUGGUGUCUCAGACACCCAGAGUGUGGUUAUAGACAAGGAAUGCAUGAAUUACUUGCUCCGGUGCUUUAUGUUCUCCAAUGUGAUGUGGAGUGUCUUUCAGAAGUUCGAAAGCUUUAUGAAGAUCACUUCACAGACAGAUUUGAUGACCUCAUUUGUCAAGAGAAUGAUCUUUCUUACAGCUUUGAUUUUAAAAAAUCAGACUUGAUGAAGGACGAAAUUGACUCCAAUGGAAAGUCAAUGAAAAUCAAGAGUCUUGAUGAGCUUGAUCCUAAGAUACAGAAGAUUGUAUUGCUAAGUGACGCAUAUGGGGCUGAAGGUGAAUUGGGCAUUGUUUUAUCUGAGAAAUUCGUCGAACAUGAUGCUUACUGUAUGUUUGAUGCUCUAAUGAAUGGGUCUCGUGGGUCAAUUGCAAUGGCUGAUUUCUUCUCCUAUUCCCCUGUGCCUGGGUCCCAUACUGGCUUGCCUCCUGUAAUUGAAGCUUCUGCUGCAUUGUAUCAUUUGUUGUCUCAUGUGGAUUCAUCUCUGCAUGGCCAUCUCGUUGAUCUUGGGGUUGAACCCCAGUACUUUGCUCUCCGCUGGUUGCGAGUUUUAUUUGGACGGGAAUUUUCACUCAGCAACCUCUUGAUAAUCUGGGAUGAAAUAUUUUCAUCAGAUAACAGUAAAGUGGAAAAACACGCUGACGACAAUGCAGACUCUGGUUUUAGGAUCUUUCAUUCGUCUCGUGGAGCAUUUAUCACAGCUAUGGCUGUAGCAAUGAUGCUUCAUUUAAGAUCUUCACUACUUGCAGCUGAAAAUCCUACAACUUGUCUCCAGAGAUUAUUAAACUUCCCUGAGGACACUGACAUUGGAAAACUAAUAAGGAAGGCUAAAUCCUUGCAGGCUCUUGCAUUAAGUACUGAGAUUUCAUCCACAAUGCCUUCACUUGUUGAGUAUCAUAACCAGGGUAAAACAGUUUUGCAAAGAUCUCGGACCCUCUCAUCUGAAUCAAGUUCACCAAAAACUCCUCUGAAUUUAGUACCUGAUAGCUACUGGGAAGAAAAGUGGAGGGUUCUCCACAAGGCUGAAGAACUCAAGCAAGAUGGAGUAGAAAAACAGGUGCCAACUCGGAAGAAGGGAUGGACAGAUAAGGUAAAGUUUAGUUUGAAAAGAACAGCAUCUGACCCCUCUUCAUCAAAGAUUAAAAGUGGUAAAAAGGAAUCCAUAGCAUCGGGUAGGCGCAGUUUGUUAGAAGAUCUCUCUAAGGAACUUGGCUUAGAGGAAGAUAAUGAAAAACCGCACUGUCGUGAUAAUAUGUCUGCAAUAGUUGAAGAGGAGCAACUGUGUGAUAACUCCGAAUGCAGCAACAAGUAUUCUCCCGAAGAUAGAUGUAGCAGUGAGGACAACUCAUCUGUUAUUUCUUGCCCAUCUAGUCCUCCUAAUGAGGCCCAUGAUCAAAAAAUUGACUCCGAGAUAAGUAAUGAUGGGUCUAACUUAUCCCUUGAUGGAAUUGAUGAAUGUGCAUUUAGUAGUCCUAUGGGUUCACUUCUUCCAAUCUCUGAUGAUCCUGAGAAUGUAUCUCAGACACCAAGGAGCAAUGAUAUUAAUAAUUCUGCAGGAAAUUCAACCACACACUCGAAUGAGAGAAAAUUGAACAAAUUUCAGUGGCUACGGAGGUUCGGGUGGAGUAAUGACGAGUGUAUGUCAGAGAAAGGAAGCAAUGCUUCUGAGGCUGUAAAACCUGACAGUGAUUGUAAUAAUCAAGGUAACACAAUACCCUGUUCUACAGUCAAUGGACAUUGUAGUUCUGUUAGUUGCGACGGGGAAUCUGCAGACCAAAAUGUGAUGAGCACAGUGAGGAAUAUUGGGCAAGCAAUGCUUGAGCAUAUCCAGGUGAUUGAGUGUGCUCUCCAACAAAACCAGGGCCAGGGAGCAUCAUUGGAUAACAUUGAAAGGCAGGUUACUGCCAUGUCAGCUCUCAAGGAGCUCCGCAAAAUAAGCAGUCUUUUGUCUGAGAUGUGAGCCGAAUCUUACAUUGACCUGUCUUGUAUAUAUAUUGUAAUUACAAUUCUUUAGUGUCAAGUUGGGAAGGAGCGGAUUCAUAUCUUACAAGGACGUAAGUUCAAUUUUCAUUAUCUUUAUGAAGAUCUUGCUGAUGAAUAAUAUGUAAGUAUUACUAUAAGCCAUCUUUGAGUCUUGAGACUUGUCCUAUCUUCGAUGAGUAUUUGGAAUUCAAGUCACCUAAGCUUUUAGUUAAAAGAAAAAAAAAAGUUUCUUCUGCUUCAAUUCUAUUAUACCUCUUGAGUACCAUAGUUUUGUAGAUAUGAAUGUGUAAAUAAUAAUAUUCAAGUUACCAUAAAAUAAAUUAUGAUGAUUCAUUCUUGUUUA